AUGGCUCUGAGCCAGAACACGCAGUUCGGCCUCGCCACCGCGCUGUUCGGCGUGCUCUCCUUCGUCCUCGCCGUCCUCGCCGAGCUCAAGAAACCGCCGUACGGGACGCCGAUCAAGGGCCGGGACGUCGUCGUCUGCCGGUUCCCCGCCGACCCGACGGUGGCGCUGGGGGCGCUGUCGGCGCUGGCCGCGGCGUGCAGCGCGGGGCUGGGCGCGCUCGCCGUCUUCUUCCCCUACGGGGGCAGGCGCGUCCCGAGGAAGGCGCUCUUCAGGCACACCCCACUCUACGUCUUCUUCCACGUCGCCGUAGGCGUCACGGCGGCCGGAGCGGGCACGACGGUGUGGGCGACCGCGACCGAGGCCAUGCACCACGUCCGGAACAUGCACCGCGACCUGGCCUACGCCUGCCCGACCGCCAAGACCGGGGUGCUCGGCGGCGCGGCGUUCCUCAACCUGGACGCCAUGCUCUUCUGGAUCGUCUGCCUCAUGCUUGGCCGCAACGUCAGGGAGGACUACUUCGACGACCACGGCGGGUACGGGGGCGACGGCGUCGCCGGCACGGGGAUCGAAGAGAAGUGA